AUGUCACACAGACCUAAACACCAGCGGAGUCAAAGUCAUAAUUCGUAUAGGUCGAUGAGUCCUCAUGAAGGAUGGGCUCAGGGUAGAGCUCAAGGGAUGUCUCCAGGGGCUCAAGGAAGGUCACCAGGGAUGGGAUCCCAGGGGAUGCCACCAAGAGAGGUUGAAGACUGGCAAAGGUUGAUCCCACCAUUACCUAAUGAUUUUGAUUUCAGUCCCAGUAAGAGUCAGCUGGGUGGUCAAUCACUGAACGUAAGUCAGGGAGUGAGCCAGGGCCAGUUCAAUCAAAGCCAGUCGGGUCAGACCCAGUUCAAUCAGAAUCAAAGAAACCAUAGUUCCCUGAGUCAGGGAAGUCAGAGCCAUUCUAAUGGGAGCCCCAACAUCAUGCCUGGUCUGUUCAUCACUCAGCGUCCUCCUAAUACUUACCGUCAUUCCUUCCACACACAGAAUCAAUUCCACGUCAAGAAUGAUCUCCCUACGUACGUUCAGAACCAAUUAUCUAAUCCUACCAAGUUCAAACGACUGGGGACCAAUCCUUUCAGGACUGAGGACGGACAAGGUGGUCAAGGAUCUGGGCAACUGCAAAACCAGAAUCCAAUUCAGCCAAGUCAAAAACUGGGUCCGCCAAACCAAAUUCCCCCAAACCAAAUUCCAUCAAAUCAGGGCCCACAGAAUCAAAUACCACCAAAUCAAGGAAGUCAGCCUGGCCAAAUCCCCGGUCAAAUAAACCAAACCCCCGGUCAAAUAAACCAAACCCCUGGUCAAAUAGGUCAGGGACCCAACUUCACUGGAGCACGGAAGAAAAGUAUCAAAAAACGUACUAAAAUUUGUCGUAAGUGUGGUAAAGAAAUCACUGGCCAAUUUGUACGAGCUUUAAACUCCUCCUUCCAUGUAGAAUGUUUCUGUUGUAAUGAAUGUGGAAAACAAUGUUCAUCCAAAUUCUUCCCUUACGAGAUUACAGACCCUUCCACCAACGUUAAGUACCAAGUAGCGUUGUGUGAAUAUGAUUACUUCAAGAAACUCAACCUCAUCUGCUUCAAUUGUGACAAUGCUUUAAGAGGGCCCUAUAUUACCGCAUUAGGAAAUAAGUACCAUUUAGAACAUUUCAAGUGUAAUGUGUGUCACAAAGUGUUUGAGAGUGAUGAAAGUUACUACGAACAUGAAGGUAACAUUUACUGCCAUUACCAUUACCUGAAGAAAUUUGCUAAUCAUUGUGAAGGGUGUAAUAGUUCCAUCGUUAAACAGUUCGUAGAACUCUUUCGUGGUGGUAGAAACCAACAAUGGCACCCUGAAUGUUAUAUGGUGAACAAAUUCUGGAAUGUCACUAUAAGCAGAGAGUUCAUUGGUGAUAAGAAGUUACUACAGACUAUUCAACAGUAUGAUGAGUUACCGGAAUCAGAACUCCUAGUGUUGGAACAAGCCAUUGAAAAUCUCGUGGUAAAGAUCUGGAUGACGUUAUCCAGCUUUGAAGAACUAACAGCUUCAUGUAUUUCCGAUAUGUUACUCAAUGCCUGUGUGGGUAAUCAGUUUAAUGGACUUUUAUCCACGGGGAAAUUGAUUUUAUACGUCGAAGUUUUAUUUAAGGCCAUUGAUCUGUUGGUACCAUUACAUGGAAUGAAUGGCACACCCCUGCCUGGCACACCAUCAGCAGGAGAUGAAGAAUUCUCCUUCCAAGAUCAAGGUAUGUUCCUCAAAAAAGAACCCAGAAAUGUCUCCGGUAAGAUCAUGAGCUAUUUAGCUAUCUUAAGAAAGGCUAUCCAAAUCAAUUUGAAUGGAUCAGGAGCUUUACUGUCGGAAUUAUUAUCAGUGAUCACAGGAUGUGCCCAUUAUCUCAAGCUUUUGAUCAGAAUAGGUCUCCAGAAUGCCCUUAAACUCAACAGACUCCGUAUGGAUAACGUUGCAGUGGAAGGGUUUUUAGCCCACAUCAAAACUUUCGAAAAACUUUCCCUGGAUAACUUUGAUGUUAUCAGUGAUUACCUAAUCAUCCCAUUGAACUCGGUAGAUUUCUGUAAAGUGUGUAAUAAAUCCAUUGAAAAGGCAUGUUACAAGUUUGAUAAUGAUAGGUGUCACGAGAAGUGUUUUAGAUGUUCUAAUUGUAAGAAACCACUCGUUGAAGAUGAACUUUUCGGUGAAAUGAAGGUCAAAAUCGAUGAAACUGAUGGGAAAUUAUAUUGUGGGAAAUGUCAUGCUCAAAAUCAAACCAUUGUUAAGGUAGAAUCGGUGUCAGAUCUUGAACAAUUGGCUUAUUUGCUUAAAAUUGCCUUUUUAAGAUCAAAACAAUUGAUGUUACACAAACCUCGGGCCAAUAAUAAGACCUUGGAGAAAGAACAGAAGCUUAGUUACUCAAAUACGUUGAAAGAUAUCACUCAAUUACGUACAAAGAGAGAAAAUCAGAAUUUAUCCAAUUCCAUCAAGAAAGAUGCCAGGAAAUCGGUGAUUCUUGAUGCUCCUAAGGGAGAAAAUGCCCCUAUUGGUGAAGAUACCAUCUUAUCCAUGGGUAGUGAGGAUAAGGAAUUACAAAGGAACGGGUCGAUGAACUCAGAAUCAUCGUUUAUUCUUUCUCAAGAUGAUAAUGAGGUAUUUAUCAAGAAACUCAACAUCAAAGAUGAACCUCCUACUAAACGAGUGAUGUCAAAUAAUCAGAACCAAUUGAACAGAACGUCAGAUCUUUUGAAGAACGAGAAAUCCUUAACUUUGGAUGAUAUCCCUAGGAUUGUGGCUGCGGAACAAGCCCGUGAUCAACGACCUAAUGCCUUUAAGCAUCAUAACAGUUUAUACCAACGAACAGCACUGAAAUCCAUGGAAUUGAAACCUUUACAACAAUCACCGUCAUCCACUUAUGGCCAUAGUCCUGGUCGGGACGAUAUUCCUGCGGAGAAGUUUGAAAACACUUCCUUGGUAGACAAGAAGGUUAAAUAUUAUAGUGAGCUUGAUAAGUCCCAACAUUUCAUUCUUAGACACAUUGCCGUGGAAGCAUUGGUCCAGUUAUUGAACAAUAAGUACAGUAAGACGGAACUUUUAGGUCUCAUUCACACCAAAAAGGCAGCUACGUUCUGGGAUAAGUUCAAAUUCGGCCAUGGAGAGUCCAAGUCCAUCAAUGGAGUGUUUGGCGUGGAACUUAAAGACGUAACCAAGAAAUACGGCAUUGAUUCCGAUUUGGGCGUGGGUCCAGCCAAGUUACGUAUCCCCAUAGUGAUCGAUGAUAUCAUUAAUAGUUUGAAGACCAAGGAUAUGUCGGUAGAAGGGAUCUUCAGGUUGAACGGGAACAUCAAGAAACUUAAACAGUUGACGGCCGAUAUCAAUAAUAACCCAUUGAAGAGCCCCGACUUCUCCCAACAUUCUGCCGUGCAAUUGGCGGCAUUGAUGAAGAAAUGGUUGAGAGAAUUACCCACCCCGUUACUCACAUUCAACCUUUUUGACCUUUGGAUAGAAAGUCAGAGAAACCCCGACAGUAUAACCAAGAAGAGGCUUAUGAAGUUGGUUUACUGUAUGCUACCACGAAGCCACCGAAACUUGGUGGAAGUGUUGUUGAAUUUCUUCAAAUGGGCAUCAUCGUUUGCUGAGAUAGACGAAGAGAGUGGGUCUAAGAUGGACGUCCAUAAUAUCGCUACCGUGAUCUCGCCUAACCUUUUAUACAGUCGUAGCGAUUCAGAUCCUGGAGAUAUGAAUCUUAACUCCUCAGGAGAAGGCUACUUCCUUGCCAUUGAAGUGGUUAACCAGUUGAUAGAGAUGCACGAAGAGUUGAGUGUUAUUCCGGACGAUUUGUUGGAGUUUUUUGAAGCGUUGGAGUACCCUGGUGAUGGUAAGGAGCCUACUACCAAGGAUAUCAUGGGGAAGAUUGAACGUUAUUCCAAAGACCAUCCGAAGUUUUUCGUUACUUAUGACAUCAAAGAUGAAAAUAGUGAUCCUUUGAACCAUGAGGUUAGAUCCAACACCAUCCUAAGAGGAUUGUCUAAGGUUACGGAACAUCAUGGAGAGAAUGAUAGUGUUUAG